AUGACUUCAAAAGGAAAGGAAAUUUAUAACACGAUAAAACGUUCCCUUGGCUCUCAGUCAUUUGGCAUUGCUGGUUCAUCGAAUCAUACGAACGGAGUUCGAUAUUCUGGUGGUACUUCAUCUAAAUGGAUACAUCCACCUGAUGUAUUAUUAAAUGGUCGUGUCGAGUAUUCCGUGAAAAUGCUUGGUUUUGCGGAAGUAUCGGAACCGAAGGGAACACAUGUGAUUCGGGAUGCUAUUCAUGCGAUACGAUUUCAUCGAGGAGUUACGGGACAUUCGGGAGCAAAACUUAAGAAGGUGGACUUGCAAAUCAAUGUGGAUGGUUUAACAGUUAUCGAAACAAAGACAAAAAUGAUUUUAUUCAAGUAUCCCCUCCACCGAAUUUCAUUUUGUGCCGAUGACAAGCAGGACAAGAGGGUUUUUUCAUUUAUUGCCAAGGCUGAAUCUUCUACUAGACAUGAUUGUUUCGUCUUUUUAAGUGAGAAAUUAGCAGAGCAGAUAACUCUCACCGUCGGCGAAGCUUUCGAUCUUGCAUAUCAGAAAUUUCUGGAAAGAAAUGGUCGAGACUUGGAAAAUAAAAAACAGUUGAUUAUGCUAAGAAAACGAAUAGCAGAACUGGAGCAGGAAAAUAAUGAACUUAAAGAGAAGCUUUAUACGCAGCAGAGCCAGAAGGAUUCUGUACCACCUCUACCAACUUCUCCGAUGCCUCGUGAGCCACCUCCGGGAAUCACGCCAAAUUUAAUGAACGACAUAAUACCCGCAAUUGUUCCGCCGCCGGCUAUUCCGCGGAGACAUCACGCAAAUGUUAUGAAUACAAAUGAUCCCACCACAAACGCUAUGAAUACAAGCGACCCCACCGUAAAUUUCCCACAAGUCGGAAAACGUUUCGAAAAUUUACAAUUGGACAAAAUGGAAGAUUUAUUCGAUGACGAAUUUGAUCCACGGGCAGAUGAAAGAAAAAAACCAGGAGUAGGAGUGAAAAAAGAAAAAGAUAAAUUUGGCCUUGAUCCCUUUGGGAAUGAUUUCAUGAACGAUGUCCUUAAUCUGGAACGAAAACCUGUUUCCGAUGUACCAUCUACUUCAGAACAUGAACCAACGCCGGAACAAUUCGAUGAAAUGUUAUCAAUAGUAGACAAACGAUUAACAGAGCUACGAGAUGGAUUUGCUUCAGGAAUUUUAGCAAUGGGUGAUACGGGUGAUGCAGCACGUGAUCUGCACAAUAUUUAUAGUGUACCAGUUCAGUCUCCAGAAACAAAUAUCGGUGAAAAGAAUCAAGUAACAGCUAAGCAAAAUGGUCAUACUUGA